CCCGGCCUGGUCUAUGCCUUUGCGUUCACAAACAACCGUCAUGGAUCAGAAGUCCGGGGAAACGGGCGAGGCCUAUCAGGCCCGGAUGCUGCUUUUGAUUACCGAAGCUAAGCAACGGUUGGAUGCGGUAGCAGCCGCAGCACAGAAGAAGGCAGAGGACACCGAGAAGACACGUCUGCUGGCAAUUGAACAGCAGCGCCAACACGACAAGGCAGCAGCAAAGGCUGCCGAUGAAGAACGAGUUCAACAUCGUGAGAAGAUAUUCAGCGGAGAGCAAGCUUUGCUCACAAUGGCAGCGGAUUGGCGGGCCGAGGCCGAGAAUGGCAAGAUGGAAGAUAGUGAAAACAAGAUCGCUCUACUCCUCUCCCAUCUCACGGACCUCCUGGCAACAUGCAUUACACAGCAGGAGGACAUCCACAGCCUCGACGACGCGCUGACUCAAGUCCACAACAACCUCCGGCAGCUGGAACAACAACCUUUCGCCGCUCCCGAUGCCAACUCUUCCAACACCUCCAAUCGCCUCGAAGCAUUGGAGAUUGACGUCAGCUCCCUCAAGGACGGCGUGCAGUUACAGCAAACCACAAUGCAACAGUUGGAGCAGCGAAUCUGUACUGCUGCCAACCACUCGAGCUCGGAACCGCGCGAGACAACUCCAAAGUUCGGCGCGCAGAAGAUCUUAUGCGACUCGACGAAGACAGAUCUAAUUCCAUGGUUCCACAAGUUCGAGCUCACACUGCAGCUACACUACGUCAAAGAACACAAGCACCACGUGUACUUAUACUCCCGGUCGGGGGGCGCGUGCCAAGCAUGGUUGGACUUGCAUACCAAGAUCAAUUGGGAUGAUCUGAAGACGGCGUGGCAUAAGGGGUUCCAAGUUGAGCCGCCAGAGAUCAAGGCAAUGGACAAGUUGAUGGUCUUCGAACAAGGCACGCUGCCAAGUACUGACUGGAUUGUCGAGUACCAACGCUUGACAUCCGUCCCAGAUAUUCAAAUAGGCUUCCAAGCCAUCGGCCACUAUUUUAUCUCAAGGUCAUGUCCAGCAUUGAGCAAUGCCUUGACUCACGUCAAGGACACCCCGACGACAACGGCGGAACUCUUUGACAAGACCACAUAGAUUAUUGCCACGAACAAGGAGGCCAAGAAUCUCCCGCGUUCGUUUGCACCAAGCCUGGGCACAAAUCAACAUCGACCGAAAGU